AUGAGCGCCUGCCUAUCUUGCCCGGUCGUCGUUCCGGUCGUGCUCCUUUCUCGCGAAGAACGUACGAAACAAGGAACACCGUGCUCUUCGCAGCUCCCUUCAUACCCUGAUCCUCACUCUCUUUUCGCUCCUCAGAUAUCGAAACCUCACUCUGCGAGGCAGAUGAACACCGCCCACGAUGACCUGCUCGCACGCUUCGAGUCGGUGAACACACCUCACCCGGAUCUCCUCUGGCUGCCGUGGUACCCAGCCACGACGAGGGAAGGCCAGGACUUCGUUCGAUGGGAGACACAGCAGAUAAGAACCUUGGUCGCUACCAUCCCCGAGCCGACGGCCCCGGCGACGGAGGAGCAAUUGAAGAUCACCCGUCAACGAUUGGCCCAAUGCAGGAAAACACGCAAGUCCACCGUCGAUGAUAUCUCGCCCAUCUUCAAUACUCUCCCUCCUCACCACCGAGCCAAGGUGUCGCGCGAAUAUGCGCACGCAUUCUGGCAGGAAAAGGUCUUUCGCUGUCAUCUCAUGCGGAUCUACGAGUUUCCGCCCGAGAUCGUCGUCCACGUACUUCAGUUUCUCCUUGACGACAACCUCGACUUUUACCGGACUCGCCUUUCUGCGGUUUGUCGGCAAUGGAGGGAGCUCGUCGUGAAAAUGCCGAAGUUAUGGCAAGAUAUCUGGUUGAAUGAUACGGCGCCUCAUUCGGUCUCUGCAUCGUUGAUAGAGAGGGCGCAAUCCCUCCCGCUCACCAUCCGGAUAGGCGAGCGCAGACCCACACUCCGCGACCCCCGCAGCAAUGCAAUCACUCCAGAAGAGAUGGACGCUCAGCUUGACGUCGUACUUCCUAAGCUCAGUCAGAUCCGCUCUCUGACCGUCAUCUUGAGAGGGUGGCCUGCGACCUACACAUUUCUUAGAAGAGCGUAUACAUGCUCUGCUGCACCGUCCCAGCUCGAGAUCUUCAGGCUACAUAGGACAUCCGCCGGGUAUGCGGAUCUCGGAGAUCUUAGGGAAGAAACGGAUGGAGGUCGUCACCUACUGCUCUUCCGUGGACGCGCCACCCGCCUGCAUACAUUGGCUAUGGACGGUGUUCAUUUAGACUGGUCCAUACCGCUGUCCAACCUCGAUUCUUUGGAUAUGCGUCGGAUGCCUCUGUCCGCCAUGCCCUCGUGGUCUCGAUUUGCGGAGCUCACACACCUCAGCCCAAAUCUACGCGAGCUGUCAUUCGAUGGCUGUGCGCCUCUAUUCUCCCUCAUCGACGCGGAUCUGCCUCGUCAACGCGUGCUCCUCCCAAAUUUACGCACAUUCGUCAUGGGUGGGAUGAGCAUCCCCUUUCUCAUCCGGCUACCCUACUUGCUGGAUACCCCUAACCUCAUCGAGCUGAGCCUGAGGAAUUAUCAGGAGGAUCUUGAUUGGACUCCUGUCUUCAGGAUGCUAGUCGGGUCAUAUCCUCAGCUUCGCAUCCUUCAGCUCAACGCCAUUCGUGUCUCCCCCGAACCGCCGACCACCGGCGCCCUUACGCGCUUUUUCAUGUCGGUGAAGAACGUCGAGCUUGUGCGGUUGAUCAACAUGCACGAGUCGUUCUUGAACCAUUUCCUAGAGGAUGGACGAUACUACUUGGACCCAGAGAUGCCGCCAGUGAUGACGGAUGACAUGCGACGCGCAAUUGAGGCAGAGCAUCCUGAACCGAUCAGAAUGCUCCCCGCGCUGAAGACCAUCAUCUACGACGGUGUCCUCACGCAGGAGAUCUCGCGAUUCGCGGACUCGCGGCGAAGACUCGGCCUUCCGCUCGACCGACUGUACGCCCAUGUGGCCUGGUAUCUCACGCUUCGACCAGAGGAGAGGCGCACAUUGCACCAAAUCCCGGGCUUCAUGACGUUGGCCGUUGCGCUCGAUGUGAGAGCGAGCCCGGAGGAGCAGGCGAUUUGGCGCGAUGUGGAGGGUCCCAACGCAGUCAUCCGGAAUUCUCGUAUAUGA